AUGUUUGCCAUCUGCCCGCCCGGCGCCCCGGUGAAUGCCCCGUUCCGGCAGGGCGGGGGGGGCCCGGUGCUGGGCACGGCCAUCCCGGGGGCCGGGCGCGGGCAGGACUCCAACUCCAACUUCGUGGGAGAGGUGUGUGACAGCAACGAGAACUGGAGCCGGCCAGCACCGGGGACCCCACCGGAGGAGAGCUCCAGCCAGAGCGAAAACACGACAAAUCCAUCUGAUAAUCUGCUGUUAUUAAUGCAGAGACAGAUGGUCCAGGGCCGGCUUAGGGAUGUCGCCCCGAGCCUGGGCGCCGUGCGGCCGCGUCUCCCCGAGCCGGGGGUGCGCAGCCCCCCCGAGGGAGCGGAGGUCGGCGAGGCGGGGGGCCAAAACGCUGCCGCCGAGGAGCCGGCUGGGGGAUGCGGCAAGCCCCCAAGCUCCCCCACGGAGGACAACGGCUAUGCCAGCAGCUCCCUCAGCAUCGACAGCCCCGACAGCGCCUGCGGGAGCUCCUGGGACCCUCCCGCCGCUGCCCCCCUCCCCGGGAGCCCACCCCAGCUGGGGGCGGCCGAGCCCGAGCCGGGGACCCUCUUCCCGGCGCUGGCGGAGGCCGUGCAGCACCUUCAGGACAAGGAGCGCUUCAAGGAGCGGGAGAAGGAGAAGCACCACAUCCAGCUGGUGAUGUACCGGCGCCUGGCCCUGCUGCGCUGGAUCCACGGCCUCCAGCAGAAAGUCGUGGACCAGCAGAACCGGCUGCAGGAGAGUUUCGACACCAUCCUGGACAACCGCAAGGAGCUGAUCCGCUGCAUGCAGCACGGCCCGGCGUGCCACGCCGCCGUGGAUGCCCCCAGCCCCUGAGGUGCCGCCGGCGCUGCCCCGUCCCAGCCCUCACCCUCCCGGCCGGCGUGGGGCUGGCUGGUGGCAUCUCCAUGCCGCACGCCGGUGCAGAGAGCUCGCCGGGCGCCUGGGUGCCCGCCCUGUCCUUCCCAUCUCUCUCCAACGUAGCUGAGAGUCCCCGAAGCAUUCAUCUCAAUUUUCCCUCUGCACGGGAAUUCGUGUCCCUCUGCACCGUGUCCCGCCGGUCUGGGGACUGUGGGGUGUCGGGCUGGGUAGACCUCAGGACCUUGGGGUUUGCUGAGCCUGGGGUGACGAGGCUCAUCUUUUAAAUCUAAUUUACAGUCCUUUGUAUGAGCCCGGCUGAGCCGCGCGUGUGCCGGGACGGGCCCUGCGGUGAGCUCCCCAUGCGGGAGCCGCCUGGCAGCAAGGGCCUCGGGGCAGCGAAGCUUUUAAAUGUGCCUGGGCAAAGCACUUCAGGGCGUGCUCAGGCACAAGCACAAGCUCACUUCUCCCCCCGCAUCGCACCCGCACCGGUGUGCCCGUGUGGAAACAACCCAGCCACCGUUAAACAUUGCU